AUGCUGUCUAACGGGCACUUACCAUCCAACCAUAUGCACACUUCAGGCUUAGAUACUCUUGCUCAUGGCUCACAAUAUGCUAUCUCACAGCUUCACCAACAACAAGUGGACAUUCGUCAAAACUCACAGGGUCACAGAAAUGCUACUUCAAAACAUCGACAGCAUCCUUAUGCAAUGGGAAUUCCAGGAGGCAACGCUGCAUCUGCCAGAGGGACCGGGAAUUCUGGACCAAUUCGGAGAAGAAUCAGCAGAGCUUGCGACCAGUGUAAUCAGCUCAGAACUAAAUGCGAUGGUCAAAGUCCCUGCGCUCAUUGUGUCGAAUUUGGACUAGGAUGCGAGUAUAUCCGUGAACGAAAAAAGCGAGGAAAAGCUUCCCGAAAAGACCUUGCACAACAAGCCGCCGCCGCCGCCGCUGCCAAUGGACAAAAAUCACCUACUGAUCAAUCGUCCGAAGAGAGAUCGCCCGUGGAGUCCCGCAAUGAUCCAACUUCCGCCAUUUCCUUGACAAACGAAAAUGUUGAAUUCCCACGACAUACACCAUCUAGGUCUUUAAGUCUUAACACAGCCGCCGUUGAAAAGCCUUCAGCUCGUGAACUGAUGAAAGGAAGAAUUCGUGCUGGUAGUCUCGAAAGCCUCACAGAAGUACCAUCCCAAGGACAUCCGCCCCACGUUAGCCGCGCAGACGUCGAUCAAAUCGGGAGUCCUGGGUCCCUGAAUUUGCAUGGCUAUUCAAGCAUGCACGGUUACCGCUCUACCUUAAAUCCCCACAUGAUGAACGGCAGUGGCAGUCAUACAAACUUUAACACUUCGCAGACCGGUUAUUCAGAUCUACCCUAUGCUAUACAGGGCCAAAGCCCGCCUAAUUUUACGGGUAAUACCCAAGGUCAGUUUCGUUUAGCCGAAAGCCCUUUGACCGGUUUUCCUAUGGGCUCUGAGGCCCCUUCACCCGGUGGGUGGAUGUCAUUACCCUCUCCUUCAAACCAGUACCAACACGUGACACAUCAGAACUUCAAUGCACCUCUACGAUAUCCCGUGCUACAGCCAUUGGUACCUCACCUUGGCAGUAUCAUCCCCAUCCCUUUAGCUUGUGAUUUACUCGAAUUAUAUUUCGCAAGCUCGUCAUCAGCUUUGAUGCACCCUACCUCUCCUUAUAUUCUCGGAUACGUCUUUCGCAAACACUCGAUACUUCACCCUACGAAACCUCGGCAAUGUACGCCUGCCUUACUUGCUAGCAUAUUAUGGGUUGUGGCACAAACUAGUGACGCAGCUUUUCUAACAGCCAGUCCAUCAUCCCGUGGACGAAUUUGUCAAAAAUUACUCGAACUCACUGUCGGUCUUCUUAAACCUCUCAUUCAUGGAACGUCCGGAAGCAAUGAAUCUGCUUCCAAUUUCUCUAAUACUGUCAUUAAUGGUGUGGCGUUAGGUGGUCUUGGUGUAGCAAUGCCUGGUUCGGUUUCUACAGAUACACUGAAUGAAACAGGUGCUUUUGGUGCAGCUGGCACUCUUGACGAUGUUAUAACUUAUAUUCAUCUCGCUACUGUUGUUUCAGCUAGCGAGUACAAAGGAGCGAGCCUGCGUUGGUGGAAUGCGGCUUGGUCAUUAGCUCGUGAACUUAAAUUAGGAAGGGAAUUACCCCACCAUCCAGCACCAAUGGCUCCAGAACAACCAAAUGAAGGAGCCAAUGAUGUGGAUGCUGAUGGAGAAGAUGAUGAUGAAUUACCUCGAACUCCAGGGCCGAUAUCUGAAGAAGAGAGGGAAGAGAGAAGAAGGAUAUGGUGGCUUUGUUAUACAGUGGACAGGCACCUCGCAUUGUGUUACAACAGGCCACUCUUUCUGUUAGAUAUAGAAUGUGAUGGUCUUCUCCAGCCAAUGGAUGACGCAUUGUGGCAGGCUGGAGAAUACUAUACUGGUGAUUCAAGCAUUCAUAUUACUUCCCCUUCGGGCACUCAUCGUAUACGGAGGCACGGACCUAACUUUGAGUGUACUGGACAUAGUAUAUUCGGAUACUUCCUACCCCUCAUGACGAUUCUCGGCGAGAUCGUAGACCUCUACCACGCCAAAAACCAUCCUCGAUUUGGCAUUGGCUUUCGCUCUGCUCGCGAGUGGGACGAUCAUGCUAACGAAAUCGCAAAACAACUCGAUGCCUAUGGUCAGAGUCUACGAGCCUUCGAAUUGGAGCAAAUCCCCCCCUUGCCAGAUGACCAAAAAGAUCAGAACAUGGAAGGAAACAAUUCAUCCUCUACACCAAACAAAUCUCUCGAACACAACGAUAUCGGCUCUCCUUCAGUUCAUUCAGUUCACACCGUAUCCUCCAGUCACGUCUCCGAAGCCAAUAUCCAAACACGGAUUGUGGUAGCUUACGGUACACAUGUCAUGCAUGUUCUUCACAUCUUAUUAACGGGAAAAUGGGACCCGAUUUCUUUACUUGAUGAUAACGACCUAUGGAUCUCGUCGCAGAGUUUUAUCAACGCAACGGGACAUGCUGUUAGUGCAGCAGAAGCCAUAAACAAUAUAUUGGAAUACGAUCCCGGGUUGGAGUUUAUGCCGUUUUUCUUUGGUGUGUAUUUGUUGCAGGGUAGCUUUCUGUUGUUACUCAUCGCCGAUAAACUUCAGGUCGAAGCAUCACCCAGCGUAGUAAAAGCCUGUGAAACUAUCGUCCGAGCCCACGAAGCCUGUGUCGCGACGCUGAACACAGAAUACCAGCGCAAUUUCCGCAAAGUGAUGCGCUCAGCACUCGCACAGGUGCGCGGUCGCAUCCCAGAAGACUUCAACGAGCAACAGUUGAAGCGGAGAGAAGUGCUCUCUCUAUAUCGCUGGACGGGCGAUGGAACGGGUCUAGCUUUAUGA